AUGAAAUUGAAGUUUCUAGUAAGUGAUGGCAUUUUAAAAAGAGAAAAAAAAAAAAAAAUGUGUAAUUUUAUGGUGCUAUGUAAUAAUUUAUGCUUGUUAAAAAAUUACAAUGGAUGUAAUAAGAAGAUAUUUUCUGAUAAAGAAAAAUGGAAUAACAUGUUAAGUUUUAAAAAAGGUUAUAAAAAUUGUUCUGACAGUAGCUUCAUCGGAAACAACAUAUAUGUUGACAACUCAAAAAGAAAGAAUUUACAUAAUAGAAAGGCAAAUUUUAUUAAUUUCGCAGGUAUUAGUAAGAGGAACAGAAGUGAACAAGGAAAAGGAAGAUCAUCAUUUUUAGUAAAUGACAAUUUAUUUUAUAGUCAUAUAAUUUAUAAAUUGGUUCAAAAAAAAAAUAAAAAGGAUCAGAAUUAUAUUUCUAACGAUUUCUUCUACCACUUAAAUAAAUUUCACCUACAUUUUGUGAACAAUUAUUUUAAUGAAUUUUACUUAAGAUUUACCAAGACAUCCAAAAUAUUUUUCGUUGUGUUAUUUAGCUUGUCCAUAUUCUUAACAUGUUUUUUAAUAACAUCUUCCAAUUAUUUAGAAUAUAACAUAAUACUCAAGUAUCAUAUAAAGUUUCUUUCUUUGCUUUUUUCCUUUUUUUCAUCAUAUUACUUAGGAUUACAAGUUACCAAUUACUAUUUUACGAAUAACGCUUAUUAUUUGUAUACUUUUUAUUUUUUGGUUAGUUCAAUUUUUUCCAUUUUUAUGGCGGAUUAUGAUAUAUGGGCAUCCUAUUACUUUCUUAAUUUAAAUUUUUUAUUUUUUCUAGCUAUUAAUUAUUAUAAUAUGUUUUUAAAUAGGUUGCCAAGUUAUUUAUUUAAAAAUGUGAACAGAGUAAUUUACUUUUCCCUUUUGUCAAGUUAUUUAGCAGUAAACAAAGGAAAAUAUAUUGAAAACAAUAUUGAAAUAUUACGAGAUGAAAAUGUGGAUAUAAGUUUUUUCAAAUUGUUUAAAAUAAUUCCGUACAUCUUUUAA